AUGGCCGGAGCCGAACACAAGCAGCCCGCCACCGUCAGUGAGCCGUUUACCGCUCUGACGUCCUUGCUGUCGCCGCACGACGGUCAGCGGGAGGCCGUCCAGGCGGCUGCCGGCGCUGAAGAGUGCACGGCGAUUCAGAUUGCUCCCUUCGUCCUGCCCACGUCCGAUCCGACGUCCCCGCUGUCGCCACCGGACGGCCAGCAGGACGCUGGCCACAGCACCACCGUCGUAGCCGCUACGACCGCAGCAACGGCCACAGCCACGACGGCAGCGCCCUCGUCGCCGCGGGACCACGUCCUCAUCUGCGGCCACGGCCGGUUCCAGGCGAUCGUGCUGGUCUGCACCACGCUGGCCUUCUUCACGACCAUCGUGCACGCGCUCGCCUCCGCCAACCUGGCAAGGCCCUUGGACCACUGGUGCAGGACGCAUCUUCGAACUCCUCUCAACGGGAACAGGCCUCCAGCCAAGUACUCGUACAUGAACUCGGAGGCGUGGAGGAACAUCAGCAUUCCGAUCAUCCGGGAAGACGACGGCGGUGAGAGCCGAAGCCGGUGCCAGCGCUUCGAGCCCCCGCUGCCGGACGCCGAGACGUCGGCCGAAUCCCCGGACAACCGGACCGCGGUGCCCUGCGACGCCGGCUGGCAGUACGAGUCCGGGGCAAGCUCGGGCAAACCCCGCCACGGCAUUUUCUUCGGCGACUCGCGCGCCCACUCCAUCGUGGACGAAUGGGACCUGGUGUGCGGCCGCGGCUGGAUCGUGUCGGCGCUCGCGGCGGCGUACAUGGCCGGAGGUGUGGUCGGCGCUCCGGUUGCGGGCAUAGCGGCCGACCGCAUCGGUCGUCGGCCCGUGCUCUGCAUUUGGCUCGUGCUGCUCGUCUUCGCCGGCACCACGCUCGCGUUCGCCCAAAACGUGGCCCUCUUCGCCACGCUCCGGUUCCUGUUGUCGGCGGGCGCCGCCGGAGUGCUGGUGGCGUCGCACUUGAUGCUCUUCGAGGUGACCGACACCGAGCACCGCGUCCCGUACUGCGCCAUCGCCGUCGCGGGGGCCACGUUCGCCGCGGCCGUGUACAGCGAGCUCGUCUACGUCUUCAUCCUCAACUGGCACGAUGCGCAGGAGGACCUGUCCGCGUACUUCGCGGUCGCGACCUCUACGCAGGUGGCCUACAUGGUACCAACGUGCGGCCUGGUCGUCGCGGUGUAUCUGGUGGAGGAGUCCCCCUGCUGGCUCCUAGCCCUCUCUGAGCUGCGCUACGCCGAGAACGUGCUCGCGCGGGCAGCGGGCGUCAACGCAGUCGAGCCGCAGCUGUUCAAGCGCCGCAUGUCGGCUCUCAGAGUCGAGCUGAAGCGGAAGCACGAGCAACCGGGGACGCAGCAGGAACCGGACGGUGCCCACGCCAUCGUCUCGGACCACGAGGCACGCCUAUCGGACCUGCUGUCCAACCAGACCCUGCGCCAGCGGUCGGCCGUCAUCUUCGGCUGCUGGUUCCUGGUGUUCGGCACCUUCUCGCACCUCAGCACGAGUCACGUGAUGCGCACGAACGAAGUAGCGCGCGCCACCCUGGUUAUCUUGCGGAUGCCCUGCGUCGUGGCGGACGUCUACGUCCUCAAGCGCGUCGGCCGGCGCCUGUCCCUCGCUGCCAGCAUUCUGACCCUGUCCCUCGCGAUCGGCGCCCUGUCUGCCGCCCACGUCUUCGACCAGCUGGCCGCCGUCCUCGUCGUCGCGGGGCUCCUCGUCUUCGACCUGUCCGCCAUCACCGUGUUCGUCUUCUCCACGGAGCUCUACCCGACCGUGAUCCGAGGGGCGGCGCUGGGCUUCUGCUACAUGAGCGGUCGGCUCGGUGCCUUUGUGGCGCCAUUCGUCAACGAGAUCCGGUCGCCGCCGUUCAGGAGCGCUGCGUACGCCGUCUCGGCCGCCAUGUUGCUCCUGUUGGGCACGAUGGCGUUCGCGCUGCCGGAGACGAGGCAGCUGCCGCCGUCGAACACGGUGCAGGGCAUGAUGGUUGCGGAGGACAAGUGGCAGCUCUACUCGCCGCUUCGCGUGGCCCGAAGCGGAGCCAAGCGCAGGCGCUCCAAGACGACGUUGCCGGAGAGCCAUCAAAUGCGACGUCGCAGUUCUUCUUUAUCGCGACAGCAAGCUGGAGUGCUUUAG